AUGGCAUCGAAGCAAGAUAACAGUAAUCAGAGCGGUAAUGGAGAACAUCGCAAUGGUCGCAAGCGACCGGCAGACGAAUUGGUGAAAAAGUUAGCAUACAUAAAAUUAUCAGAUGAGCCUAAGACGGCUCCUGUGAAGGAGAAGGAAAAUCCUUCCCUGGUUCCCGGUAAAAGCGCGCCAAACGCUAAACCUGUUUUUCGCAAAGUGUUUUUGGAGAUCGUACCGGCAAAGGAAAAGCCCGUGUUUGCUAGCACUACGGCGGCAGCAAAGAAACGGCUCCGUGUUUCAAGCUGGAUGCCGGAAGAAUUUGCAUCCAGUUCAUCUAGCGGUUCCAAUUCGGAAGAUGAGCGGUUCCAGCCAGAAGAGCAGCACGUUCAAGCUGAGCCGGAUAACAUGUCGGUUUCCGGUGAGCAAUCUGACGAUUCUGAUACGAAUACCGAUUAUUAUACGGACUCUACGUAUUCUUAUACGUACGAUACGGAUUCGUAUACGGACGAUUCGGAUUCGUAUACGGACGAUUCGGAUUCUGAUACGGACGAUACGGAGAGUACACUAUGUGCCGAAGAUUUGCACCGUUUGUACGUAUCGUCGGCAUCUUCCGAUUCCGAAUGACGCGUCUCCGAAGUUGAGGCCCCGUUUUUUUUUUUAAAUAUUAACCUUCACCACAUAUAACAAGAUAUGAAACAUAUAUGAAAGGCGAGCGGACUGAUUAGGAUUUGUAAAACCAGCAUCAUCAUCAUUAAUCGUUUGCCGGAUAAAAAUAGGUGGUAGGAAUCUUUCCUUUCAGCAGGGGGUGACAGCGACUCCGUAGCUGAGGAUUUUCUUCAUAAAUAUUAACCUUCACCACAUAUCAUAAGAUAGGAAUCUGAUAUUAUGAUGGUAUACUUUUGUUCGAUUUAAACAAUUAAAAAAAAACAAAUACGAGCAGGAGCAGAUUGAUUAGGAUUAGUAAAAUCAGCAUCGUUUGCCGGAUGAAAACGUUGUGGUAGGAAUCUUUCCUUUCAGCAGGAGGUGACAGCGGCUCCGAAGCUGAGGUUUUUCUUCUUAAAUAUAAACCGUCACCACAUAUCAUAAGAUAGGAAACUGAUGAUAUACUCUUGAUCGAUUUAAACAAAUAAAAAGAACAUAACAGGAGCAGGAGCAGAUUGAUUAAGAUUAGUAAAACCAGGAUCGUUUGACGGAUAAUAAAGGAUCCAACGGACCCAUGCGUUGGAGUUGACAGUUUGCGUUGCGACUUUGUACAGCUCAUUAGUGUUCGGGGCAUGCAUCGGUUUCAUCCGCUUUACGAUUAAUAAAAUAAUAU